AAUUUACUCAAAAUAUUAUAAGUGAGAAGACUUAAAUUAAAAAUUAAUUUAUCGGAAGACUGACCGCGAUAAAACCGAGCUGUCACUACAACUCCCCCUUCCUCCGACAGGCUUUUUUCCGGUCACUCGCUCUUUUUGUUUUUUUUUUUUUUCUGUAAUAAUCGCUUUAUAAUAUACUAAUUAUGUCAAUGCCCUUUCGUUAAAUUUAUCCUAUCUUUACAUUCCAUUCAUUCUAGGGUUUUUCAAUUCCUCCCCAAUUUCACUUCCAAGUUUUUUCUUAUGAUAAUUUGUUAGGGUUUCUCUACAUUCUUCUUGAUUUCACCCUAAAAGAUUCCUACUUACCCGUUCUGAAUCUGUCUUAAAAUCUUUUGAAAACUAUAAUCGUUCGGAUUUUAUUUUUAUUUUUUUGUUAAUGUAUCUGGAGUUGGUUUUUGGAUUCAAGUAUUUUACAGGUUAGAUUCGAGUUCUCACUUUCUAUCUAUUUCUUAGGGUUUCUGGGAUUGGGAACUUGAAUCCUUGCUCUAUUUAGCUUCUUCAACGGUUUAUUUCUUUGCUUUCUUCUGUUUGUCCGGUAAAAUUCAAAAUUUUGGCGGUUGAUUUUGCUAGGGUUUACCUACUUCAGCUGAAUUUUAGAAAUUGGGAUCAGGUCUUACAAGUAGAAAAAUUGAAAUUAGAAUGAUAUCUAGUUUUGAAAGGUUGCCUAUUGAAAUCGGCUUUAAGGAAAACUCAGAGAAAUUGGAACCCGGAAUUUGAAAUCUCAACCUUUUUUCUUUUGUUUUAUCUCCGUUUUUGGACAAUUUGGCUCAGUUUCUGUUGGAAAACUUGGAAAAGAACACAGAAGUCAAAAUUUGAACCCUUUUUUUGUUCAUUCUGUUUUAUCUCUGUUUUUGAUACUGUGAUCCAAAAAAUAAGUAAAAGAGCAAGAAGAUGGCUUCGUAUAGGCCAUUUCCUCCUCCACAAUCAUUCCCUCCACCACCGCAGAAUCAAAACCCUCUUCCACCCCAACAACAACAGCAACAGCAGUAUGGUCAAAAUUACAAUCACAUGAAUCCAAAUUCGAAUUACGGUUACCCUCCUAGACCACCCCAACAACCACCACCACCUCCGCCUCCACAACAGCAAUAUUCUUAUCCUCCUCCACCUCCGCCUCCAGAUUCUUCCUAUCCACCUCCCCCACCUCCUCCUUUGCCUUCAAUGCCACAAAAUACGAUCAAUUCACAGCCACCAAUGUACUAUCCGCCUUCACAGUAUUCAUCACAGUAUGGUAGUCAAGCAAUGCAGCCACCUCCCCCACCGCCUCCUCCGGCUUCUCCGGGUUCUUCAAUCCCUCCACCACCACCUCCUCCGAGUUCUCCUCCUCCACCUCCUCCUCCAAAUGAGAAUGUUGGGAAAACGGGGUUGAAUGAGCGCAAUAAAGGAGGGAAUAGGGACUAUUCAGGUUCUGGAAGGCGUGAACAUGGGCAUUCCAAUCAUGGGGUUGGAGGUAGAGAGCAGAAGCCGAUGGUGCCUCCUGUGAAGAAGCCAAAUGGACCUCCAGGAAGGGUGGAGACCGAGGAAGAGAGAAGGUUGAGGAAGAAGAGGGAGUUUGAGAAGCAAAGGCAAGAGGAGAAACAAAGGCAGCAAAUUAAGGAGUCCCAGAAGACCCAGAUGAUGACUUCUGGGAAAGCGCAUGGUUCAAUUGUAGGGUCACGGAUGGGAGAUAAGAGAGCUACACUGUUUCUGAGUGGCGAGAGGAUUGAGAACAGGCUAAAGAAGCCGACUACAUUCUUGUGCAAGUUGAAAUUCCGGAAUGAACUUCCAGAUCCUAGUGCACAGCCCAAACUCAUGUCUUUGAAGAAAGAUAAAGAUCGAUUUACAAAAUAUACCAUCACUUCUCUGGAGAAAAUGUACAAGCCUAAGCUUUUUGUUGAGCCAGAUCUUGGGAUACCACUGGACCUGCUUGACCUCAGUGUAUACAAUCCUCCUAGUAUUAGACUGCCUCUCGCCCCAGAGGAUGAAGAGCUCUUGCGUGAUGAUGCUGCUAUAACCCCUGUAAAAAGAGAUGGUAUAAGACGAAAAGAAAGACCCACUGACAAAGGUGUUUCUUGGCUGGUUAAAACACAGUACAUAUCUCCACUUAGUAUGGAAUCAACAAAGCAGUCUUUGACUGAAAAGCAAGCAAAAGAACUGCGAGAACUUAAGGGAGGCCGCAAUCUUUUGGUGAACCUUAACAACAGGGAAAGGCAAAUCAAAGAAAUUGUGGCAUCAUUUGAGGCAUCCAAAUUACGUCCUGUCCAUGCAACCAAUAAAAACUUGGAGCCUGUUGAAGUUAUGCCCCUCUUACCUGAUUUUGAUCGGUACGAUGACCAGUUCGUUAUGGUGGCAUUUGAUAAUGCUCCUACAGCUGACUCAGAAAUCUUCAGCAAGCUGCAUGGCUCUGUACGUGAUGAACAUGAAUCGAGGGCCAUUAUGAAAAGUUAUCAGGCACCGAGCUCAGAUCCUGUUAAUCCUGAGAAAUUUUUAGCAUACAUGGUGCCGUCUCUUGGUGAGCUAUCGAAGGAUAUGUAUGACGAACACGAAGACAUCACAUAUUCUUGGGUUCGAGAAUACCAUUGGGAUGUACGUGGCGACGAUGCAAAUGACCCAACAACAUACCUUGUUUCGUUCGAUGAAGGAGAAGCUCGCUAUGUGCCUCUUCCCACGAAGCUUAAUUUAAGAAAGAAGAGGGCCAGAGAGGGAAGAUCAGGUGAUGAGAUUGAACAUUUUCCUGUACCUGCUAGAAUUACUGUGAGGAGAAGACCAACAGUUGCAGCAAUAGAACUCCACGAGCCAGAGGUUUAUUCCAACUCAAGGGGUGGUAUUUCAAGCUCAAAGAUGGCAAGGCUAGAUGCAGAAGAUGGCCUUGGAAGACCGCACAAGCUUUCACGACACCAAGAUAUUGACCAAUAUAGUGGAGCUGAAGAUGAUUUGUCUGAUUGAUGUAUGCAUCUGUAAAUGACGGUAAGCUUUGUUUAGAAGUUUUUGAGCUGGCUUGUGCACUAAACUGACCUUGAGUUAUUAUCUUAAAAGCCACAACCAAAUAAAUCAAAUACAAUGAGAUAUCCCCAUAUUUGUGUUCUCAGAACAUGUUUUUAUUUUUGGGUCUUUUAGUUAAAUUCCAGGUGAAAUUUAGGGUUUUUUUUUUCUUUGAUGCAAUAGUCGAAUGAGUAAUUUGUUGUAUAAAGAUACUUUGAUAAAUGUAAGUUAAAAAUGUGCUGUUUUGAAUGUAUUUUCCCAAAAA